GAGUAGAAGCUGAUUUAAAAGUAUAGAUGAACUCCGAUCCACCGUGCGGUUGCUGAAUAAAACGCCACUCAUGAACGGACGGUAACGAAAGCGCACCUGCAGCAGCGCGCUGUGUUUUGCGAGAGCGAAUCAGAUGACGCCGGGCUGUCCGUCCCUGCGGUGCUGCUGAAACCAUGAGGCCAUUAGAAAUCACCACAAAAGUUUUGGAUCAGAACAGGAUCCAACAGGACUGGCCAGGAAGAGCAGAUGAACAAGACUCCGCCACUCCACCUGGAUGCAUUACAGCUGCGCGGACCGGUCCAAACAGAAGAAUCACCGGCUCCUGCACUGACUAGUAUCAGCUCCGACCACUGAUCUGGACAGGUGAUAAAGAUGCAAAUUCCAAUGGCAGUGAAACACUGGUUGCUGGCUGUUCUUGCACUGCUUGUCAUAGGUCUGGUAUGGCUGAGUUACAAUCAAUGUAGUUUAAGACCAGUAAAUUUCCCUGCACCAGGCCCAAAACAUUCCCUUCCUUGUCCAAAAUAUCUGCUUGAGGAAACUAUUUAUCCAAUCAAGGAUACAAAACACUUCAUUCUUUCUGCCUAUGAAGAUCACAGAGAAAAGAGACUGACUCGUGUUAUAGGGAUAGUUCACCGACACAACCUUGAGGCACUUUCCUGUAUUUUCUGCUGUGAAAAUGGCUCAACUUUCCAGACUAAAGUAAAGAUAGACAUCCACAGGGACCAUUUCGGAUUCCCUUUUGCAACUACAGACCUGCUGUGUGAAGAGAAUCCUGAGUGCAAUGCUUCACACGUCACUAUCGAAAGGGAAGAAAGGAAGAGAGGAGGGAGCCUCUCUCUGCCCAUAAGGAACCGGGAGAAGACCGAGGGUGACUUCCCUUAUGAGUUCACAGUCUGCAUCUCCAACCUGUUUGGGGACUACAACAAUGCCCUGCAGUUCAUACAGACCAUGGAGGUGUACAAGAUCCUGGGAAUACAGAAGGUGACCAUCUACAACACCAGCUGUGGGCCACAGCUGGAUAAGGUUCUGCAUUACUACUCAGAGGAGGGACUCUUGGAGGUGGUGCCGUGGCCCAUAACACAAUUCCUCAAUCCAUCACGUGGCUGGAAUUUCGCAGUGCACAAGGGAGACCUGCACUACUAUGGGCAGCUGACUACACUCAACGACUGCAUCUACAGAAACAUGUACAAGUCCAAGUACCUGCUCCUCAAUGACAUGGACGAGAUCAUAAUGCCCUACAAGCAUGGCGGGCUGCAUGAGCUCAUGGGAAACCUCUCUGUUCAGAACCCCAAGGUGGGGGUUUUUGUGGUGGAGAACCAUGUCUUCCCCAAGACCAUGUUCGAUGACAACAAGAGGUUUGACCUACCCCUCUGGAGAGAGGUGCCAGGGAUUAACAUACUGGAGCACAUCUACAGGGAACCAGACAGGAAGAAUGUUUUUAACCCCACCAAACUGAUCAUCAACCCCAGGCAGGUGGUGCAGACAUCUGUGCAUUCUGUUCUAAAAAGUUACGGGGAAACUUUCAGGAUCCCCCCAGAUGUGUGCAGAAUCAUACAUGUCCGUGUGCCACUUCAGGGUCACCUUACUAAAGAACAGCUGCUUGUGGACACCACGCUGUGGGAUUUUCAACAGGAGCUAGUGCCAAAGAUUAAUAAUGUCAUACACAAGUCAGGGGUGCUGACGUGAAAAUGAUCAAGAUACUAGAACAGGGAUCUUCACUACUGGUCCAGCACAAUCCAGUCCAGUAUGCAUUACAUGGCUACUAAUUGUAAACAUUCUAAAUCACAGUUUUACAACACUUAAAUUUCAAGAUUUAAGCACAUUUUAAGCAAGUAAUUAGUUCACUGAAUAAGACUCUGAUCCUUAAGGUUAGUAGGUAUUUGUUGAUGAGAUGAUCUCAUUUAAUUUAACAAACCAGCUGCACUUGCUCACACCUGAAUCGUUCUAUACGUUUAGUAGCUGAUGGUUAAAUUGUUAACCUGCUGGAUGUGGCACCAGCUGGAAACACCUGGAAUAGGGACACUACAUUAUCAAUGGGACUGCAUUGCAUUAAUGCAAUCAAGGGAAAACCUCUUUUAAGUUUAUAAUAUGUUAGGGAUCAAUACUUAAACCCUAAUUCUAGGGUAACUAUGAUUUUUUCUGCCAUUUUAGGUGAAUCUGAUUAUUUUCCUAUUAUCUAUAUUGUUCUGUUAAAUAGAUAUACACCAUUUACUGUAUCUCGUCUCCAGUCUCUGGUGAACUCCCACAGUGAUUUGUCGUCAUGCUUAAAUCCAGGUCAGAUUUCACUUUGAAAUCAAGUAUUUGAUGUUUUAAAUGUUGAAUGUUAAGAGGCUCAGGAAAAAUGGGAUUUGGUUCUGUUGCAGCUGUAUCUUACCAUUUGUGUUUACAAUAUACUGUAAGACUUAAAAUUUUCUGAUGCCCUCCUAAAGCCAUGUUAACUUGAUAGCCCCUCAGCAGUAACCUCAUUGACCGUGGCCUUACUUUUGAAAAACACUGUUUUGUGGUCUUUUAUAUAGAUUCUACUGUGUUCUACAUGCUUUUUGUCUCCAGUGUUACAAAUUAAAAGUUAAUCUCAAAAGUAAGUAUUUGAGUGGUGCUCCCAGACUUACUUUUUUGAAGUGAGGAAAAUAUAUCUAAAACCAAAGAUGAAACGGAUAAUGGAUCGACUACACAAUCAUUUUAAGAGACAAUGUUCUUGUUUUACAUUAAUUCGAUUCCAUAAUCUUUAAACCUUUUGUACUAAUUGUUUAAUUACAUUUAAAUGUGAAAAGUUGUUUGUUAGCACUGCUGCCUUACAGUCUUUAGUCCUGGGUUCAGUUUGGAACUGGUGAUUCUUCUGUGUGGAGGAUGCAUGGUCCCCUGUGUUUACUUCGGUUUCUUCCCAUCUCAAAAAAGCAGCUGGUUAGGUUAACUUGUCUCUUACUUAUGUGUGGGUCCACGCUGUGCCUUCUGGGAUAGGCUCCAGAUUCAGAACCAGUAAUAUGUGCCUUACAGAAUGGAAACAAUAUUCCCCUCUUACCAGCUGAACUGUGCCUUUGUGCCAUCGGGAUAUUGGAUUCUGUCGCUCACUCUCCUCUGUCUUGCUGCAGCACUUUCUAAUCUGACAAGAUGUUACAGGCAAAUACAGUCCAUCAACGACAGGCCACGACACAAGACACCGUGAGUCAUGACAUCUUUCCAAUAGCGAGUGGGAUAUUCAGGUGUGAUCCUGAGCAGAACUCUAGUCCAGUCACUAUAGCUCUCCACGUGUAGUGAUUGAUAGUAGCCUGACAGACCUGAUUAGCUCUGCACUGAUCAAGUCCUGUGGGCUCUUCCAGAUGUGACCAGCAGGACGGCACCUGUCCUCUUACUGCUACUGUAACAGGAGCUUUGUUGCCACGUGAGAAUGCGAUGGUUAUGCUAUGGAUGCCCUAUUCUCCAGACUUGAGCCCCAGAGACAUCAGUGGGAUGAUGUACAGUAUGAGCUCUCGGUCUCAGGGACAACUUAACAGCUAUGCUUGCCCAGGCUGUACAAAAGUAAACUUACAGUUUGUAUUGCAUUUUUAUUUUAAAAAAAUUCUGAUAAUGACAAAGGCUAAACAGCCUAAUGAAUUUAUGUAUGUGGUGGUUUCAAUAAAAAAACGUAUUUUCCUGUU